UCGCCCUCUAGCGUUCUCGGACCAAACUAAAAUCCCAAAGUCAUGUUGGCCUCUUCUGUGUCGCGAUUUUCGUUACUAUUGCGGGGGAAUCCUAGCACUACAGGGAGAUGUCUUGGUGCUAUCUACUCUAGAAAUUAUUCCUCUGGAGAGGAGCUUGACCUGGUUGUGGUGGGAUCGGGGCCGGGAGGAUAUGUGGCAGCAGUCAAGGCAGCUCAGCUUGGCCUCAAGACUGGAUGUGUGGAGAAGAACGAGACGUAUGGAGGCACGUGUCUGAAUGUUGGCUGUAUCCCAUCCAAGGCCCUCCUGAACAAUUCCCACUUGUACGCCAUGGCCAACACCAAGGACCUGGAAGGAAGAGGAAUCGAGUUUGAUGGAAUCCGUCUGAACCUGGAGAAAAUGAUGUCCGUUAAGGCUGGUGCAGUGAAGGCUCUCACUGGUGGUAUCGCACAUCUCUUCAACAAGAACAAGGUGACCCAGUUUCGAGGUUUCGGCAAGGUGACUGGACCUAACGAGGUGACAGUUGUGAAGAGUGAUGGCACAGAGGAGAAGGUUGCCACCAAGAACAUUCUCAUUGCAACUGGGUCAGAGGUCACACCAUUCCCAGGCAUAGAGAUUGAUGAAGAGCAGAUCGUGUCAUCAACAGGUGCCCUUUCACUCAAGAAAGUACCUGAGAAACUGGUCCUCAUUGGAGCUGGCGUUAUUGGAGUUGAACUGGGGUCGGUGUGGCAGCGACUGGGAGCACAGGUGACCUGUGUGGAGUUCCUGGGGCAUGUCGGUGGUCUGGGUAUUGACAUGGAGAUCUCAAAGAACUUCCAGAGAAUCCUCACCAAGCAGGGCAUGAAGUUCAUGCUAAACACCAAGGUGACCGGCGCCACCAAGUCUGGAGGAAAUAUCACAGUCACUGUCGAGGGAGCCAAGGAUGGCAAGACCCAAGAGCUGGAGUGUGAUACGCUGCUGGUCUGUAUCGGGCGACGUCCCUACACUCAGGGUCUUGGGCUGGACAAUCUGGGCAUCCAGUUGGACAGCAGGGGCCGCGUUCCGGUCAACUCCCGCUUCCAGACCUCUGUACCCAGCAUCUACGCCAUCGGGGACUGCAUACAUGGACCUAUGCUGGCUCACAAGGCAGAAGAUGAAGGUAUAAUCUGUGUGGAGGGUAUCUUGGGCGGAGCUGUCCACAUAGACUAUAACUGUGUCCCAUCCGUCAUAUACACACAUCCUGAGGUGGCCUGGGUUGGCAAGACAGAGGAGCAGCUCAAGGAGGAGGGGGUUGACUACAAGAUCGGCACCUUCCCGCUGAUCGCCAACAGUCGCGCCAAGUGUAACCAGGACACGGAAGGACUGGUGAAGGUUCUGGCAGAUAAAAGCACCGACAGGCUUCUGGGAGUUCACUUCAUCGGCUCCGUUGCAGGAGAGUUGAUUAAUGAGGCAGCAUUUGCGAUGGAAUAUGGAGCAUCAUGUGAAGAUAUAGCUAGAGUUUGUCAUGCACAUCCCACUGUUUCUGAAGCAUUCAGGGAAGCCAACUUGGCUGCCUAUUGUGGAAAACCUAUCAACUUUUAAUGACAAAGACAGUAUGUGUAUAAAGUGCAUUUGACAGAGUAUGUGUGUCUUCGGUGGAUAAUAUGUUCAAGUUGGUGCAGGAGUGCUGCAUAUGUUUCAAUGUGUUAAUGGAAUCUCACGGCUAGAAUCUACGUAGGCAACAUCUAACAUCAACUACAGCUGUCACCCAGCUACCUGGAGAUACGUUGUCAAGAACAUGGUUUUAAAUGACAUCAGACAAGGAACAGAGCUUCAUGUGUUAAAGGCAAGGCUGCUGAACAUAUCAACUGCUUUAGAAUUGUUUGUACAGGGACCUGAGCAUGUAUUUUAGCAGCUUAGAUCAGAAUGUCUAUUUUCCACAGCUUGGACCGGAACAUGUAUAUUCAGAAGCCCUGGUCAUGUAUUUUCAGUUACUGUGGACCUGAACGUGUGUUUUCAGCAACCUUGGACAUUCAGCUACUGGAGAUCUCAAGAUGUUUUGAAGAGAUUACACCUGAUUCAAUGGCCGACAGAGUAUUGUUAGGGUUUUCUGUUAUCUGUGACAGGCCGUCUAGUGCCAGUGUAGGAAAGUGCUAUCAGAUUUUACACAUUCUGCUGCAAUAUGCGGAAAUUCAAUUGUACAAAUUGUAAAAAAUUGUAUGUGAAAAAUUAAAAAUAUUUAACAAG